AUGAGCUCAGCCGAGGACCUGCUCAUCAUCUAUGAGGCGGAGGCAGAGCAGUGGGCUGUAUACCUGCGCUCUAUCUUCGCCGGGCCCGUCUGGGAGGAAGGGAUCUGUUGCUACGACAUCGCCACAGUGACCAGCCGGCGGGAGGACUUUCUGCGACUGGGCCAGUACAAGGUCAAGCUGUUAAUCCUGUCCAGGGGAAUGCUAGAGGGCCUGUGCCAGCUCCGCCGCUUCUUCCUGGCCCGGGUGCUGAAGCCUGCAGCCCACGUGGUGGUGCUUCUGUGUGGGGUAGACAGCCUGGCGCCCCUCCUGGAGGUGGUGCCCCUCAAGGGGGACGAGUGUCUGCAGAUAUCCAGCGAGCAAGACGCCCAUGAGUACCUGUCGGCUGUGACCGAUAUUGUGCAGAGAGGGCACCAGGCUGCAGCAGGGAAUGUCAGUGCUGUUCCUGGGAAGUUGACAGGACCGGAUCUAAAGCUGGAGUUAAACCAAAAGUUGGAGAGCAGGCAGUCUACCGGAGCCUCCAGUACCAAACCCAACAACAUGCUGCUGGUCCCCUCCAGAGUUCCCUGUGGGACGCCAGGCGAGGUGUUCAUUCUUUUAAAAGAUACUGUGGCCAGUAAAGAUGCUGAGGUUGAGUUCAGUAGGAGUAAACAGAGGGUGAGAGUGAAACCUGUCCACUGGAACAAACACACCCUCUGUGUGAACGCAGCAGACUUCCAAGCAGGAAGUGUGGGCGUAACACUGUACUGUAGUGGGGUGGCGAUGGGGAAGGCCCAUCUGCAGUACUAUAGCAGCAUGGAGGAGAUGGCUCGCCUUCUAACCAGGGUGGCAGACCCUGUGGACUUCAUGUGCCAGUCUCUUCAGGUGUCCUCGGUAGAGAAGCUGGACCAAAGGCUGUCCUCCAUGCUGUUGGAAGCCAUGCCCUCCACAGGCUUCCAGGGACUGCAGGGAGAUGACCCACCCGAAGGGGAGACGCUCCCAGAGGACGUGCCGUCACUUCUCCACUUUGCAGCCCAGAACGGGUUUAAAGACGUCUCCGGUGUGUUGCUACAAUGUCCUGGGGCGAAAAGAGCUCUGUGCACAACUAACCGCCAUGGUCAGACGCCCGCUGAGAUCGCCCAACAUAAUGGCCACGAUGAGCUCCAUGUAGUGCUGCAGCAGACCCUGAAUAUGUUCACCGUGGGCAAGGACAGUGAUGACAACAGUAUCUAUGAGAUGAUGUGCACAGCAGGGAAUCCCAGUGCUCCAGACAUUCAGAGAGAGCAGCAGGGAGAGGGGGAUGAGGUGGGGGAGGAUGAGGAGGACCUGUACGCCCCGCUAGGUGUAAAUGAUGAAGAGUAUGACACCAUCUUGACCUCCAGCAGCGCCGUCGUUAUUGCUAACAGACCACCGGCGCCCACACCCCGGCCCGAAACCACCUCCGUCAAAGAGGACAGCACCCCCUUCAUAGCUCAAGUGUUCCAGAAGAAGAUGUCACAGAGCGAUACUGAAACCCUGUAUUCUCUACCCACUAAGCAAGCACGCGGGCGAGACGGCAUCUCCUCCACGUACCACACAUUUGUGCCCAACCAGCCGCCUGGGCUGGAGCAGCUGAUUGAGCUGCAGGAGAAGGUGAAGAGAGGCUCUCUCAGUAUGGACGAGGCUCUGGAGAGGUUCAGUGACUGGCAGAGGGUCCAGAAGGGAAUGGACUCCAUUCAACAGGAGAAACUACGCCAGCUGAGGGCGAGUAUCAUCAACAACAGAGAGGACGAUGAAAGUGUCUAUGGGCAUGGUUCAUCCCUGGCAGACACAGUGACAUCCAUCUGCCAAAGGGCACAGGUACAUAGUCAUGUGCCAUUGUCCUGCCACCGUCUGUUUGAUCAGGGGCCUCUGGGCUCGACGCUCCGUAAGGGGCCCCAGGGGCCUCACACCAGCCCCACCAGCGGCUCUCUCUUUUGA